GCACCCCCACGGAUCAUAACGCUGUUGCACCGCGCCAAUUUCUAACGUGCCGCUUUUUUUUUGCCAUUUUGGCGUCUUUCGGAGGUUCUUCGAGAUAUUUGUAGUUCAGUUUAGUUUUGUAGAAGAUGAAUAAUAUGGGAAUUAGGCCACGAGUAAGAAGAUCCCUCCAGUUAGGGGACCAAGACACAAAAAAAGGUCAAACGACACCUAAAAAAAGCCACCUAGCCGAUAAAACAUUCUCUCCUGUGACUGGAACCUGCCAUAUAAGCCCAAUUGACACAUCAAAGCAAGUUUCUUCUUCAAAGAAAGCUGGAACUGUUGCCACAAAAGAAAAGGCUUUCCAUCCGACUGACAAGGCAAACCCUAAUUCCCAAGAAGACAGGUUACAUUCACUGAGAAUAAAGGUGGAAAAAUCACUGCAAGAUUUUGAAAAAGCUAGAGAGCAAUUAUUAAGUUUACAGACUCUAGAGGGCAGCAGUGAACUGGCGAGAAUUUUCAAAGGCAGCUCUGCUGAUAUCCGACAAGAACUUUCAAGAAACAGGCAGCUAAUGGAGGAACUUGGAAAGAAGGACUUGUAUAAAACACAUUAUCCAUCCGUUCAGACAGAUCUGAUUCAGACUGGCAGCAGUUAUAACUUUUUGAAAUCAGUGGCAAAAUAAGGUUUCUUUGGGACGUCUUGCAGAACGAAGUCUCAGUAAAGUGUACAUCAGCUUUUCUCUUUUUUUUUUGUUUUCUGGGGGGCUACAGUUGUGGAGUUUCAGAAUGUCAUAAUUUGAAUUCUCUUUAUUAAAUUAAAUUUGUAAAUCUUUCAAUA